CUAUCUUUGGCUCCACAGCAUCUAAACAUCUGGAAGACAAAACAUGGAUCCAGCAGGCAGGCAGAGGCGGUUCCCCUGCUGCUCCCAGAUGGUCUCCUGGCCUGUUCUAGUGCGGAUCCAUGCAGUCCUGCAGAAGGAGACAGUGCGAGAAUUCCUGGCAGAGUUCCUGAGCACCUACGUCAUGAUGGUGUUUGGUCUUGGUUCUGUGGCCCAUAUGGUUCUAGGAGGCCAAAAAUUCGGGAGCUUCCUCGCUGUCAACUUGGGUUUUGGCUUUGGAGUCACCAUGGGCGUGCACGUGGCAGGCAACAUCUCUGGGGCCCACAUGAACGCCGCCGUGAGCUUCACCGCCUGCGCGCUCGGCCGUAUGUCCUGGAAGAAGUUUCCCGUGUACGUGUUGGGCCAGUUCCUGGGCUCCUUCACGGCGGCUGCCACCAUCUACGGCCUCUUCUACACGGCCAUUCUGCACUUCUCCGGCGGACAUCUGGCAGUGACCGGGCCCACAGCCACCGCGAGCAUUUUUGCCACCUAUCUUCCUGACCACAUGACGCUGUGGUGGGGCUUCCUCAAUGAGGUGGUACUGACGGGGAUGCUCCAGCUGUGUCUCUUAGCCAUCACGGACAAGGAGAAUAACCCAGCGCUGCCGGGGACACAGGCCCUGGUCACCGGCAUCCUUGUUGUCAUCAUUGGGACAUCCCUGGGCAUGAACACCGGAUAUGCUAUCAACCCAUCUCGGGACCUGCCUCCCCGCUUCUUCACCUUCAUUGCCGGCUGGGGCAAGCAGGUGUUCAGGGCUGGGGAGAACUGGUGGUGGGUGCCAGUGGUGGCACCGAUUGUAGGUGCCUACAUGGGUGGCAUCGUCUAUCUGGUCUUCAUUGGCUCCGGCAUCCCACGGGAGCCCCAGGAAUCAGAGGACUCGGCCGUGACUGAAGAACACAAGAUAACCACACUGUCCAAGACCAGCGCUCCCCUAUCCAUGACCUCUCACCUCGCCCCUAUCUCCAGGGUCCCUGCCAACACAUCUUCAGUCCAGCCUGUCCCACCUGUGAAUGGCUCUAUACUCUUAGAGAACUUCUGAGUAGAGAGCAUUUGUGAUCCCACCCCUACCCCAAUAAAAAAGCCUUAUCCCAGGGACCGGCAUUGUGGUGUAGCAAGUAAAACCAUCUCCUGCAACACUAGCAUCCCACAUGGAUUGCAGUCCCCGCUGCACCACUUCUGAUCCAGUUCCCUGCUAAGGCACCUGGGAAAGCAGUAGAAGAUAGCCCAAGUGCUUGGGCCCCUGCAGCCAUGUGGGAAACCCAGAGGAAGCUCCUGGCUUCAGACUGGCCCAGCUGUGGUCUUUGCAGCCAGUUGGGAAUGAACCAACUGAUGGAAGAUAUCCCCCCACUCUGUUUCUGUAAAUUCUGCCUUUAAAAUAAAUAGACACAUUU